AUGGACAUAUCACGUUCGUCUCAACACAGCGCCACCAAAGAGUCGGCGACGGACUCCUCGUUCGUCGAGACACAGCGCGCCGGGAGCAGCCUAUAUAUCGGGCCAGAGAUGGUGCCGGAGGAGGCCAACAGAAGAUCUGCGCACCCCAAUAAGAGUAUGAAGACGUCGCGCGAGCAGCUGCUCUACCUGCAAGCCCUUUACCCGUACGCCCAUUAUGACGAGCUGAUGGCCGUAAUUAGCAGCACCGACAGCGCAGACGAGGCAGCGGAGCGCGCCUACGAGGCACUGAACCCCGACUACAACGGUUUCGCGUAUCUCAAAGAGCAGCAUGACCUCUUCACGAGCGAAAAACUACGGAGCGCCGAACGGGCGACGGCGUUUGCGGGCUUGAAGGAGUCGCUGGAGGAGCGGGCGGCGUCUGCCUUUCGGCCUGGGCACUUUGGCAAUCUCUCGCAGCUGCAGGAGUACCACGACACGGUGGGGCUCUUCAUCGUGGACACAUCAGAUUGGGACCGCGCGACGCUGCUGCCCUCACGCGACUUAGCGGAGAUGGCGUUCAUGGACCUCCCUCUACUCGAGGAGCGGACUAGUUACGAGGCAGCCAGGGCCACGAUCAACGGUGACAGCAACGACGUCAAUGGGCUGAGACGUGAGAGCUGGUCGCAGGUGUGCAGCCCCUCGCUCACCGCAUCUAACAACGCGACCUGCUUCCUGGACCUGCAGCCGAGCAGGAAGCUGUGCCCCGUCAGCACCACCGCGCCCGCUUCGCUUUCGGGAGGAAAGGUUGGCAAAUGCUAUCGUGAGCCGUCGCGUGAUGCAUCCGAGGAGCAACUGACAGGUGGGCACAACGGCAGCCGUGCCGUUGGUGUCGGCGGGGACAGCGCCGCCGCGAGCGUCGUGUAUGUGCAGCGCAACGACCCACCACGUGCAGCACCGAUUAUAGCGUGGGCGCCUGAGGCAAUCCGUGUGGGUCCGGCUGAGGCGCGACGGGAGUGCGAAGGCAUUCUGCGCGUUUUCGACGAAGCGACCUUCUUUAAGGAACCGCUGCUGCGGUCAGCGACGCCGCCGCCAGCCCCAACUGGGGCCUUGCUACAUGCGCAUGUGUCUCCGCAGGAAAGCGCCUUGGCUGCUCCGCCAUCCCCGCAGGCGACCCUUCCAUCGUUCAUGGGGGAGGAGAGCGAGGCCCACGAGCCGUUCGAUUCGGGCUCCGGCGCAGUGCCUAACUGUGGCGGCGGUGACAAGGUCCACGAUGCGAACGCUGAGGAGUUGCUCAGCGCACAGGCGCCAUCCGCAUCGCAUUCUCACCACCGCAGACGCACCUGCUUACCCAAACCCUAUGCGGACACGCAAUCCGGCCCGACCGCGAGCACGAGCACGGCCUACGGCACCCCCAACGGGACGCGAGAGAUCUCGGGCGACAAUGACAGCGCGGCCUUCUCCAAUGCGCUUAGCGCGCAGUGCAGGAUGCGGGAUGCGGCCUGCAAAGCGCUCAAGAGGCGCAAGCCGCAUCCUCUCACGACUUCGGAGACGGUGCGGCAGCGCAUCCGCAGCCGCACUCCAGUAGGCAACUUGAUUUUUCGUGCGACUUCCCAGCACACGCCUGUGCUGUCGCCGAAGCAGCAGGAGAGCAGCAACGGACGUCCCAACGUGGUAUGCUCGCCAGGGCUCGCUCUGCCGCGAGCCGCUGCCCGCGAUGAGGCAAGUGUGCUGAACGGCACCGCCCAGAGCACCGAACGGCAGCAGGCAGCGCACCACAGCUGUGAGGAUAUACCAGUCGACGGCAGUGAUGCGGCUGACGGGGGUGCGGGCGCGCCGCACGGCGAGCGACCACUCAGCACAGGAAUGUUGGCCAUUCCUGCCGCGCACAGUGGGUGCUCAAGCUUGGACCCCGUAACCUUCCUGAACGCCGAGGAGGAGCGCUGGGAAGCCAUAGCGAUGAUGCUGGCCCCAUACGAGGAGGUGUUUGGCUCCAAGUCCCGCUGCGCGCUUACGCGGUGCAUCCACGAUGAGUGCCCCAAGCUGCGUGACAACGCCACGGUCAUUCUGCAGCGGCUGCUGCACGUGGUCGGGAAGGCGCUGUGUGGCAAAGAGAUCGUGGAGGGCAUGACAGAGGAACCACUGGAGGUACCCUUGCUCGGCCCGAUUCUGCUCUCCACCUCACCUAUCAAGCUGACCGAGCUACGCUUUCGCGAGGACAAGUGCUCUAUCGAGUUUUGCGAGGAUGGGACACAACUGCAGGCGAAGCUGAACGUAAAGGCGAUGUCGCUGGAUGCGAUCCAGUUUGCGUACAUUGGUGAAGCCGAUGCCGCCCGGCAAGCACGCACGGCGCGGCAAUCGCAGCGACGAAUACCGGGGUCUUACUGGCGUGCGGCGGCGCGUACGCAGCAUGGCAGUGAACAAGACCAGUACACCACGGGUGUUACGCACGGCACCGCCACAAUCAAGGCUGCCAAUGUCCGCGUGAAAGGAAAGGUAUGCAUAUGGCUGAUGACCUCCGGCAAAAUGCAUGUUGUCUUCCAAAAGACAAGCGUCUCUGUGGGCUCCUUUCGGUUGUCAACAACAGUGAGGAAGCUAAACGUCUUGUGCACUCUCGGUGCACCUAUUUUGCGGCUAAUGGUACAGCGCGGCAUUAAGCAGGCGCUGCAAAGCGGGCACAGCUUGUGA